AUGUACGGCGACCGACAACACACUCCAUCUCCCGAUAUCUUCGGAUUAUCUGAUAGCCCGGCCAGCUUUAUAUCCUCGACAACUGACCAGUCCAGUUUGGCCGACUUUGACCAGGAUAUAAUGUUAUUUCUGGACACGACAAACGACCAAGCAGUGCCGGACGUUGAAAAUAUUGAGCCAUCGUUUGUUGAAUCGAUCUACUCAAGAAUUGAUUCGGAAAAAUGUGAAGAAUCAAGAACAUUUACAAAUCUUACGAACUUUACACAAGUUUGCACUAUGUUGGGAGACUGUCAAGUUCAAGAUCAGAUACAAUGCCACAAGUUCCCGCCAAGUUACGAAGAACACGUGUCGCGGUCUGGAUUUCCCAGUGCCUUUUCCCCAGACGCGAGUAUUGUCUACAAUCAUCAUCGUCUUUCAGAUAUCAUCUGUAUCUUAGAGAAAGACCCUUGUUCCCCAAGUAAAGUUCCUCCUCGAGUGUCUCCAAGAGCAACUCCAGAACUGUCCAGGGAAGAUCAUUUGAAACGUAUCACUUCUCUCCUCGUUGGUGGAGGUCAAAUUAAACUAUGGCAGUUCCUGUUGGAAAUUCUAACUGAGAGUGGCCACGAAGAAUGCAUCAAAUGGGAAAGUGGCGGAACAAGUGGAGAGUUCCGAAUGAUUGACCCGGAAACAGUAGCUAGAAAAUGGGGUCAACGCAAAAACAAACCCACAAUGAACUAUGAUAAUAUGAGUAGAGCACUUCGGUACUACUAUGACAAAAUGAUUCUGACAAAGGUGGCGGGGAAAAGGCACACGUACAGGUUCAAUUUCAAUGCAAUCAUCCAAUCCAUGCAGAGUUCUUCCUCAUCCUCAAACACACAGGCGGAACAGUUACAGAACUCCUUGUACAACGGUUCCGCUUCUGUUCCCAAUCAUCACUACCAGCCGAACCAUCAGCAGGCGUUCCAAAGUAACGCAUACACCACCGUCACCUCACAUAACAUGAACAAUCGUGGUAAUGUACAGAAAGCGAACAACAUCCAAAGUGUUUCGAAUGUACAAAACCUUCAAUCGACUGGAAUACAAUCUAUGCCGGACAUCCUAACGAACUCUACUCCUAACGACAGAAUUCCAACUACUUGUUAUGAUUUUGACGUAAAACCUUCCUUCAGCAGCUGUCGUUACGCCGAUGUAAACAGAAGUUCGCCGCCUAGUCAGAAAGAUGUAAAACCUCUCACAUCUUGUCAAUUUGCUCAAAAUAACAUAUCUUCUUCCGGUAUCUACACGUCACAAACCGCCAAUAGUGCGAGUCUUCCAACUCGUACCUCUUCUGCUUCCGGUUAUACCAUCGGGUACUCAGCAGGCCGUGCGCAAACUCGAAACAAUCAAAGUCACCAAAACCAAAACGGGCCUUCCAUUUAUCGAUCGCAGCCGAUGCCCAUCCAGCGUUAUUCACCAUAUCAUUAUAGUUCACACAGAACAAACAACUCAUGGUGA